CCAGCCAAGAUGGCGGCAGCUGGGGCGGGCGGUGCUUCUGCACAGCGGGCCGCAGGCUGGAGUUCUUCUUCUCCUGGGAGGUGUGGUGCGGCUCGGCGCCAUGGAGAGGCGGAGCUGGGCGAGCUGAGGAAACUCAAGUCUGGAGAGCGACUGUUUUUGCUGCUUAAAAACCACCCCCCACUUGCAGUUUCUAGAAAUAAAGGGAAAAUGCUGCAUGAGAUUAAAAGCCUUGUCAUUGAUGAACCAAAGUAUUGGCUGGAUGUUCUCUCUAUUUGGAAAAACAGUCAUGGGUGUGAGGGGGAAAAAAAAUGGUAUGUCUCAAGAGAAGAUCACAAGAAGAGACAAAAACUGCAACUAAAAGCAGAAAACGGAACAGACUAUGUCUGAGGAAUAUCAAGUGGAAGCUGUGGAGAGGUAUAUGUUGCCAGAGAGAAAGAUUGAUCAAGACUGCUGGACUGAAAGUAAGACUUCCUUAGAAGACCCUUCCAAAAGCGGUGGAGAGAAGCCUGUUGUGAAUGAGAAGCUCAGUUUCAGAGUUUCUUGUCGUUGUAGUGGAGCAGUUGCCAAAAUACUU